CUGUAAUGUGUUGACCAUCUACUGUACACUCGACUGGAGAAGUGUCGCCAGAAAAGAGCAUGGAACUGACCGGAGAUCAGCUGAAACUAGCCGAGACCCAGCUGAAAAGAUACUUACCUCAGUCACUACAGGUUUACGGGUAUUUGGUCCUAAUAAACAGAUCUGACAAAGCAGACCCUGUAAAGGUUUUAGUGGACAAAUGGCCGGAGUUCAGUGUUAUUAUCUGCAGACCACAAUAUAAAAAGAAAGGUGAUCUGUUCAAAGAUACGCAGAUCUUUGCAAAUGAUGAAGGUGUUCUAAAGGAAACCAUAAAGAAGUCUUCUGUUUUUGACUGGACCCGAUACAUUUGUCUUGGUAAUAGCAAAAAACACUUUUCAGUCUCACUUUGUUGUAUCAGUCUUCACCAGACUGAUGUACUGAAAGCAGUGGCGUCAGAAAAAGAAGUGCCCAGCAAAGAACUGGCUGUGUGUCACAUGAUGAUACUGGAGGACGUGUUAAUGGUUAUAAUAAAACAGGAUUCUUCUCUGCUCCAUGUCAGCUCAGGGAUCUCACUAGGCUCUCUGGAUGAAUCGCACACUGGUUUGGUGAAUCAGACGUGGAAGUUUGCAAAGAAUGACGAGGCCGUGAGGAUGAUCCGGAACAUGCUCGCAAACUUCCCCUCCUGUUGCGUGCUGGAUGCAGAAGGAAAGCCUGUGUCCUGGAUCAUGAGCUAUCCGACGUGUGCCAUGGGCAUGUUGUACACUCUGCCCGAGCACAGAGGAAAAGGCUACGCCAAAGUGCUGGUCAGUACCAUGGCCAAGAGAUUUCACGCUGAAGGUUACCCAGUGUACUGCUUCAUAGAGGAGGAGAACGUGGUCUCCUACAAGCUCUUUAAAAGCCUUGGCUUCACUGAAGAUCCCUCAUACAGGGCAACAUGGUUUCAUUUCAACAAUCUUUAAAUAUAUCAAAGAAGAUUAAUAUAUAUGUGUAACAUAU